GUUGAUGCUACAUGUUGCUCGAUAGCUCGCGCUUAACGCUUGUACGGUAACGGUAUAGCUAGCCCGCCAGAGCUCGAGCAGCGCAGGCCAUCGUUACACCAUACAACUAUUACAGACCAAUCCACCUGUGUUUCACCCUAGACUGGAUACUAAAAACACCAAUGAAUUUUUUUGCCCGAUAGUGACAAUAAUUUGAAGUGAAACAUGGCGAAAAAUCAGGAGGCGAGAAAGCGGAAACAUAACUCAAGAAAUGGGAGCAGUGGUCGAGGAAAUGGAGUUGACACAGCGAAGAUGAAUGGGAAAGCCAAGCCCAAAACAGUAGAUGAGACACCGGGUUGGCAGAAGACUCUGGGUGCUCUUGUCAUCAUCACUGGGGUGAUUGCCGCUGCUUUCAUGACAGGAGUCAUAAGGAUAGACAGGAAUAUAGCAGAUAACGAUGCAGAGCAGAAUCAUACUCAGGAGGCCCAUUCUAAUGUUGCAGAUAUCAAAGAUUCGAAGUCCAACAAGACUACUGUAUUAUUUACCCAGACGGAGCAUAACAAUCUAACGAGUGAAACUCCCGAGUCAGAUCUCAAAACUGAGCAUCAUAGAGAUAAGGAUAAAAAGUCCAACAGUGACACAGAAAUAGACUAUAAAAAGGUCAUAAAUUCAGAGAGCAUAGCACAUGCUCCCAUUCAAAGAUUUACAGAAAGUUAUGCUGAUGUGACCAAAGAAGUAAGUGAUGUUGAGGAAAAGGAAGACAAGCUUGAUUUUCAAGCGGAGGCUGCUUUUGAAGCAAAGAGGGACAUUUUGGAAGAGAGGGUUGAUGAGGAAAAACAGCCUGUACCUGCUCCUGGGAAUCUGAAGACGGAUGAUCCGGCCAAGUCCUUUACAGGAAAGGAGGCUACUGUGACAGAGACCGAUUUUCCAAAGGGUAAAAUGGUCACUCCAAAAAGAACUCCAAGGUCUACUGAAAACACCAAAGAAUCCAAAAGCAAACCACCUGGUAAAGCCGAUGAAGGUUCUUUAAAACAUGCUGAUGUGUUAAGGCCUCCAAAACCCCAGGAGACAUUACAAGUUGAAGAGACUGCACCUGAUAGAUUAGAGUCAAAAUCUGGUGGUGAACAAGAUGUUCCAUCACUGAUAGAGGUUGGUGAAGCUGCAGAACGGAAAAUAGGAAAGGCUGAUAGUGUGAGACCUUCACCACCAAAGGAAAUGAAACAACCUGAAAAGACUAGGACUGAGAGUAAAGAUCAUCAGACUAAGGACACGAAAAAAGCCAAGGUGUCUCCAAGAAAAGUUGAUGGUGUGCACCCUCCUGCACCACUUGAGGUCAGAAGUUCUCCAAGAAAGGAUGACAGUGUAAAGCCACCACCACCAGUUGAAAAGGACAUGAAGAAACAAUCUUCAAGAAAGUCUGAUGAUGUGAGCCCUCCAUUACCACAAAAGGGCAGAGAAAGACUUGAAGAAUCUCCAAGAAAGACUUCCCGUGUGAGGCCACCACCACCAGUGGAUGACAGAGAAGGGGUCAAAAAGUAUGCACGAAAGGCUGUCAGUGUGAGCCCACUACCUCCACAAGAGGAGAGGGGGAAAUCCAAAGAGCCUCCAAGGAAAACUGAUGGUGGCAGGACUCCUCCGCCUCUUGAGACAAGACAACGUGAAGAGGAAAGGAUCAUGGGGAACUCUGAUCAAGCUAGGGACAGGAAAAGCGACAGUCCUCCACCACCCCCACCACCAGCACAGGAGACAACACAGCCUGAAGCAGAAAGGGCCAUGGGGAACUCUGAUCAGGCUACGGACAGGAAAAGUGACAGUCCUCCACCACCCCCACCACCAGCACAGGAGACAACACAACCUGAAGCAGAAAUGGCCAUUGGGAACUCUGAUCAAGCUAGGGACAGGAAAAGUGACAGUCCUCCACCACCCCCACCACCAGCACAGGAGAAAACACAACCUGAAGCAGAAAGGGCCAAGGGAGACUCUGAUCGGGCUACGAACAGGAAAAGUGACAGUUCUCCACCAGCACAGGAGACAACACAACCUGAAGCAGAAAGGGCCAUGGGGAACUCUGAUCAGGCUACGGACAGGAAAAGUGACAGACCUCCACCACCCCCACCACCAGCACAGGAGACAACACAACCUGAAGCAGAAAGGGCCAUGGGGAACUCUGAUCAGGCUACGGACAGGAAAAGUGACAGACCUCCACCACCCCCACCACCAGCACAGGAGACAACACAGCCUGAAGCAGAUAGGGCCAUGGGAAACUCUGAUCAGGCUACAGACAGGAAAAGUGACAGACCUCCACCACCCCCACCACCAGCACAGGAGACAACACAGCCUGAAGCAGAUAGGGCCAUGGGGAACUCUGAUCAGGCUACGGACAGGAAAAGUGACAGACCUCCACCACCCCCACCGCCAGCACAGGAGACAACACAACCUGAAGCAGAAAGGGCCAUGGGGAACUCUGAUCAGGCUACGGACAGGAAAAGUGACAGACCUCCACCACCCCCACCACCAGCACAGGAGACAACACAACCUGAAGCAGAAAGGGCCAUGAGGAACUCUGAUCAAGCUAAGGACUUGAAAAGCAAAAGUCCUCCACCACCAGCACAGGAGACAACACAGCCUGAAGCAGAUAGGGCCAUCAAGAAAGAAGAGCACCCUGUGGAUAGGUCAGAUACAUCUAAAGUAAGAGAGAACAUCAGUAUAAAAGCUGAAAAUAAGAAACCAAUUCAGAAGUCAGCCUUAGAAACACUUCUUGAGGAAACAGAAGGCCUUAUCCAAAAGAACAAAAAAGAUCAAGCUCUGUACAAGUACGAGGACAUCAUCAAACGGUUCCCAAACAGCGCAAAGGCUCUGAUGGCAAAGGCUCAACUCCUUGACAUGUUAGCAGAGGAGAGGAGGAGCAAUGAUCUACUUGAUGGAGCGAUCCAGUCAUAUAGACAAGCAGCUGAUGCACCACAUUGCCCCAGAGAUAUCAAGCGAGCUGCCCUUGCAAGAAUGGGAGACAGACUGUCUUUCUUUGGAAAGUCAUCAAGAUCCAUCCAAGUGUACCUGGAACUUGUGAAAGAAUUCCCAGAUGAUUAUGAAGCCAAGAAAAGCCUCGCUGUCCAGUAUCUCAUCGCUGGGAAAAAUAAGAGAGCCAAGCAUUACUUUGAGGAGAUGGUAGAGAGAAAUCCAACGGAUGGCUUUGCAUUGGUUCACUUGGGGUUCAUCUUGAAAUCGGAAGAGAAUUACCUUGAAGCAAUCCCACUCUUGAGGGCAGGCAUUGAUACCGGUGAUAGGGAAACCAACGAGGGAAAAUUCUUCUUCCACUUGGGGGAAUCCUUCUUAAGGACUGGUCAGAUUGAAGAGUCGUAUAAGAUAUAUGACGAGGCAGUUAGCAGGGGUCAUUUCAGGUCAAGGUAUCAAAGGUCACUUUACAAUGUCGACUCGCUGAGGGGAAGACAAUUCUGGACUCCAAGAGAGGCAGGGUUUGCUGAAGCAGCAAAGAUAUUAGAAAGUAAUUGGGAGACAAUUCGAGAUGAGGCCGUAGCCUUGCUUAGCACGGAUGGAUUCUUUAGGAAUGAAGAAGAAAAACUCAGGGAAACGGGUGACUGGAAGCAAUUUACAUUAUUUGCGAAAGGAAGUAAAGAUCAAGGGAACUGCCGACAAGCCCCUCGCACCUGUGGGAUAUUUGAUUCAAUCCCUCAAUCAAAAAAUUGUAGAAGAGGACAGGUGAAGUUUUCAGUAAUGCAUCCUGGUACCCAUGUCUGGCCCCAUUGUGGUCCCACAAACUGUAGAUUAAGGUCUCACCUUGGACUGAUAAUACCACAACCUGUCAGGUUACGAGUGGGCAAUUCUACAAGAACGUGGGAGGAAGGAAAACUCUUUAUAUUUGACGAUUCCUUUGAACACGAGGUGUGGCAAGAAGCGGAUAGCCUGAGAUUGAUCCUCAUAGCAGACCUGUGGCAUCCGGACCUCACAGAGUCUGAGAAGAGAAAACUUACACCAAUAUGAACUUGUGGAACUGAAGCGAUGUGAGUGUGUGUGCAUUGAAGACAUCAAAGUCAGUAUAUGGGCACAUAGAUAAUUCAGGAAGAGAAACAAACACCUUGCAUGCCAUCGUCUCUUCAAACCCAUUUUUUAAGGGAAAUCUGCCCAGUUACUGUUGUAAUUUCUUUCAAGGGUAAUAAUACA